UUAAAUGCCUUCCCAAGGUCCUUGAAACUAAAAUUUUCUCCAAGAUGACACCUGCAAAAGUAUCUUUCUUAUCAACCCCUGCUAAGAAACACUCGGCAAGGUACGGCGGAGGCAGCAGUCGAUCAGAGGCUGCGGGAAAACUGCGCAACAGCCUGGGGGUGAGGACCAAACUUCCCCUCCACUCCUCCUUUCCCAGGUUCUCGGUACUGGGGGACGGGCCGGACGUCUCCUGCGUGCCGGCAACAGUUGCCAGGAGCAGCGGGCUGAGUACCGGCACUCUGCCCAACCAGUGGUCUCUUCUCCGUCGUCCCCUCCUUCCCUCCCUGAAGGCCAAGGACAGCGACGUCCUCCUCCCUCUUCUCCUCCUCUUUGGUGCCUUCAGCCAGGAGGCGGGAGUGACCCGCGGCAGCUGACCCAGCACAGGCACUGCCUCUCUCACAGCCCUCAGAACACACGAUGGGCCCAGAGGCGGGUUUGCAGCACAGCAGCGACGACGCAGGCGGCAGCCCCAGCGACUCUCAACUGCCUCCCUGACCGUCGACACCACUGCCGAACACCCGAAAAACCAUCGCCACCAACGGCGGGAGACUCUACAGGCCCUCCAAAACACCUUCUCGAUCGACUCAAGCUACGUCAACAACUAUGGCAGACGAGGGGUGGCGGGCGGAGCCGGAGAGGGAAGGAUGGGGGCUGUACGUCACGCCCAGGGCUCCGCUACGGGAGGCGAGGCCCCGGCUCGCCCCUCAAAAUGGCGGCGGCAGUGACGCGCCUGCGUAUAGAUCUCCUACGCCGUCGCGCCACGGCCGGCGGGAAGUGAGGUUCUCAGAAGAGCCGCCCGAAGUGUACGGCGACUUCGAGCCCCGGGCGGCCAAAGAAAAGGCCCCGGUGGGAAGACAAAUUCCGCUAGAAGAGUUCCGGCCCGAUUCGGCGAAGGAGGAAGUGAGAGAACGCUCCUAUUACCUUCGGUCUCGGCAGCGGAGGCAGCCGCGACUCCAGGAAGCCGAGAUGAAGACGCGAAGGGCUACUCGCCUCCAGCAGCAGCAGCACUCACAGCCGCCUCCGCUGCAGCCGUCUCCGGUUACGACCAGGAGAGGAUUACGGGACUCCCAUUCAUCCGAAGGUGAGGCCGACAGAGAGGAUGAACCACCUUCACAAACUGUUUUAAGCCCAACCGUCUCAAAGAAUACUAUCAGGAGGACACAGACUCCAGUGGUGAGUAAAGAUCCUGUAAUUGGCCUGUGUAGACCCCCUCUAAGAAGCUCAAGAUCUGAUUCGUCAUAUAAAACAAAUGGAAAUACUAAAAUGAGUGAAUUAGAAAGUGAAUUUGAGCUUUUUCAAGAAGCCACCAGUGUCCAACAGAAGAUCAAUUUCUCAGAAGAAGGGGAAACGGAGGAAAAUGAUCAAGACAGUUCUGACAGUGAUGUUACGGUUGUUAAGGUCAGAUCCGGGGAUUCUGUUGAGUCUGGAGACCAAACCACCAGAUCAUCAAGUCAAUAUCCAGAAUCAUUUUGGCAGUCAUCACAAAGUCCCGACUUCACAGCUUUUGAUAAGCAACCAUUAGUGCUAAGCUCGGGAUAUCAAAAAAAUCCUCAGGAAUGGGUUGAAAAAACCACAAGAAUAAGGACUAGGAUGCAAACAGUGAAGUAUUACCGUACACCAUCAUCACCAGGCGAGCGUUUGAUAUAUGGCAAUUUUUCAGAUGAUGACGGUGUUCAGAAAUCAGAGCUUGGAAACCAAUCUCCAUCAGCCUCCAGCCAACAAGUGACUGGACAACCCCAAAGUGCAUCUUUUGUCAAGGUGAAGUGGUGGUGGCCCCUUGUUCUGAUAGCUGCUCUUCUCAUUGGGUGUUUUUUGUACACUUGUACUCCUGAAGCAGAAACCACUGCUGUUCAAGAGUUCCAGAACCAGAUGAAACAACUUAUGAAUAAGUACCAAGGUCAAGAUGAGAAGCUGUGGAAAAGGAGCCUAACAUUCCUGGAAAAACAUCUUAAUAGCUCCCACCCUCGGCCUCAGCCUGCUAUCUUGCUGCUCACUGCUGCCCGAGAUGCUGAAGAAGCACUCAAGUGUCUGAGUGAAAAAAUUGCCGAUGCCUAUUCUUCCUUCCAAAGUGUUCCUGCAAUCCGGAUUGAUGGGACGGGCAAAGCAACUCAAGACAGUGAUCUUGUCAAACGAGAGGUAGAUGAGGAACUGAGCAACGGAUUCCGAAAUGGCCAGAAUGCAGCUGUGGUCCACCGCUUUGAGUCACUGCCUGCAGGCUCUACUUUGAUCUUCUAUAAGUAUUGUGAUCAUGAAAAUGCAGCCUUCAAAGAUGUAGCCUUAGUCCUAACUGUCUUGUUAGAGGAGGAGACACUUGGAACCAGUCUAGGCCUAAAGGAAAUUGAAGAAAAAGUGAGGGAUUUCCUCAAACUCAAGUUCACCAACUCUGAUACACCCAACUCCUACAAACAUAUGGACCCAGACAAACUGAGUGGGCUCUGGAGCCGUAUUUCUCACUUAGUCCUGCCAGUACAACCUGAAAAUGACCUGAAAAGGGGCAUCUGCUUAUAAGAGGAGACAGAAGAGAAAAUCAUGUCUCAAGUUCUGAGAAUUUUUCAAACUUUCUAACCAUAGACAGGAUCCAGAGCUCUUUUUGAAAGAACUGGUUUCUUUUUAAAGGAGGUUAAGUUCUUAAGUAAACGUGGAAUAUCUAAAUCGUUUAUUCAACCUAAUUAUCUGUUUUUUGAGAGAAUUGUUUCCUUGUUUCCAUUGAGAUCUGUGUUAAUGAUAUCUGAGGACUGUAAAUUAUAUGCAGUCCCAUAGAGGAUCUGCUUAGAUUCUGGGUUGAAUCAUUAUUGCUAUGGUAUGACCAGUGGGAGGGAUUAGGCUCCUUCCUAUGAAUCCGCCCAAUUUUUUAACUUAGAUUUUUUUCACAGUUUGUCGAGUUAUUAGUAAGACAGCUCCCUGAACAUAACUGUGGGUUUUCCCUUUUGUCCUCUUCUACAUCGUUUAGAUGUGAAUUCCGUAGUCAGCUUCUGCUUAUAGGAACAAAAAUAAUGAAAGACCAUCCGAGUGUGUGUUUGGGAUUUUUGGUUUUUGGUUUUUUCCUUUGAUUUUGGAGGGCAAGGAGAAGGAGACAUGGGAAAAGUUAUGGAAUGGGGAGAGAAAGGGGGGAAAAAGUCUUCAAGGUGAAAUGUUAAAAUAAGCCACUGAGGGAAUUCCCUGGCGGUCCAGUGGUUAGGACUCCACACUUUCAAUGCCGAGGGCCCAGGUUUGAUCCCUGGUCAGGGAACUAAGAUCCUGCAAGCCGCCCCACGUGGCCAAAAAGAAAGCCACUGAGGCUUAGGGUUAGUCAAACAUAGUUAUAUGAACUGCAUUCUCAGUGAAUUCUGUUGGGACUUGUUUCUCACAUGUCCUUUUUUUUCGUUUAAGAAAUUUUUAUUCCUCCCAGAGAUUUUGAAGCAUGUAUAUGAUGAGCUUUAGUAUAUUUGUUCACUUGGCUCUUAAGAAUGGGUAAGUUCAGAGCCAUUUAUUUUGGUCAUGUCCUGAAAGUUUUGUUAAGAAAUACAAUUUCAGGAAUUGGUAAACCAUUUGUUAACCAGCUCUCCUGGGCUGUUGAAGAAGGAUUUGAUUUUCUGCAUGUCUACUUGUUGCAUUCUGAGUCCUUUAAUGACACUCUUGUAACAAGAAUAAAGAUUUACAAUGCACGUGAUAAAUUCUACUAAGAGUGCCUCAAGCGAAAAAGAAAGUGAAGUUUACCAUAUAUGAAGAAUGUUAAAAUGUACUACUGUACAUUACUGUACUACUAUAGAAUUUCAGUUUUAACCUAGCAUCACUAACAGCUUUCUCAUCCGUCAACUGCUUUGGUUUUCUUAGAAGCUUAAAAUUCUGGAUCCACUUUAUUUUUUUAUUGUCUACAAACCUUUAAAUGAAAAUAUUGUUUUUAGAAUACUAGAGCCUGUCAGUGGCUUCAUCAUUUACCUUUUAAGGAUCCCAUGACUGGUGGUAGAGUACAGUCUCGUUUCUUCCCACUAGGACUACCAGUAUUCAUAAAUUUAUACCCCUUAUUGUAAUUUGUUCCUGACUGUCAGAAGUCAAAUAUUCUGAUUUAUAGAGGAUUCUAAAACAAGAGUUUUUGAAAAGACUUAUUUUAUACCUAUAUAUAUUAUAUGGAGAAACAUGUUUUUUUAAAUGUUUCAUUGACCAAAAUAACUUUAAAGUAAUUAAUAUUACUUAUAUCAAGAAAAAUAAUUGUAGCAGCUGAUCUGUAAAUGACUUUAAAAGCUAUUUUAGUAAUUUAAAUAAAUUUACUUUCUUGGUUUGUA